UUCAGAGGGGUGCUCUGAAUUCGACACUUUUUGGUAGUGACGAAUGUGUUAACGAGGAUAGAAUGGAAACAUAUGAGUUUGACCAUAUAAGUAGGAUAAAUAAGGAACUCGUUCCGGAAAAUGGUAUUAAACUUGUAAAUAAUACAUUGGACAAGAAUCCAAGUGGUAAUGUUGUCUCUUUGAUAGAUAACCAAGAAGGCCAAAGUAGUCCCCAAGAAAUUUGUAUGGAGGAAUCAGGAAAUUUAGACGAGGAAAACUAUAGUUGAAAGGUCACUGAAGCUCUUGAUUUGUCUUUAGAUGUAGAUGUUUAUGCUGAAUCUUCAAGAUUGGAUGAGAAUAAUGAAGGAAGUUCAUUUGUGGAGAGGAAUUUGUUGGAAGAAGUGAACGAAAUGCAGCUGAUGGAAUUGGAGAAAUGGGUAUCUGAUUGUGGUGGGAUAAAUUCUCUUCUUCGUGUAACUGAUGAUGAAGAGAUUGAAGAAGGAGAAAUUUCAGGGGACUUUGGGGUGUAUGACCAAUCAAUGGAUUUGUUGCUUGAAGACGCUGUAUCAUUAGAAAAGAAGGUGGACGAGGUGCAAAAUUCUGAAGCCAUUAGUAAUGAUGAACAAUUUACUUGUAAGAAACAGAAAGUGGCAAAUCAGGAAGAUACCAAAUCUAAUAAGAAUUUUGUGGAGACAAUUGAUAAUGUGGGUAAGGAAGUAGAAUUAAAAAUUCUAAGUAAUAUGCCAGAGAUAGAGUGUAAGUCGGAAAUUGCUGUUUUUGGGAAAUAUGGUGAGGCUAAACUGGCACAUGGGUAUAACUCUGUGAUAGAAACUGUAAGAAACGAGCAGCAAACUGCUAGAGCUAUUGAGGAGUUCAACCAUCCAGCAGUGCCUGGCAAAAUCUCAAGGGAAAAUGCGACCAAAAAUCAAAGCACUUUAUCCACUGAAAAGGAUGCUGGUGUUCACAAAGAGAAAAAGCGGGGUCCUAAAACCAAGGAAAACAAAGCAAAGAAAAAGCAAAAGGAAAGAAUCAAACGAGCAGAAAAGAAUAGACGUCUUGGUGUUAAAAGGUUAAAAAUCCAACCAAUAUUGAAACCAAAAACAGUAUCAUAUUGCCGUCAUUAUAUGAAGGGAAGAUGCCAAGAGGGUGACAAGUGCAAAUUUUCACAUGAUACAAUACCCUUGACAAAAUCCAAGGCAUGUUGUCAUUUUGCGCGUCACUCAUGCAUGAAAGGCGAUGACUGUCCAUUUGAUCAUCAACUCUCCAAGUAUCCCUGCAACAAUUAUUUGUCCAACGGUUUUUGCAGCAGAGGCCCUGACUGUAUGUUUUCACACGAGAUGCCACUCACAGAAGGUUCCCCAAGCACUACAAAUGCUUCCAAACCUGAGUUGAAGUUCUCAUCCCUGCUAAGGGGUACAAAUUCUGAGAAGCAAUUGAACUUGAAUAAUUCCUUUCAUCAGAAGGUUGAUUCUAGUAAAAACACUAAACAGAAUGUGGUAGAGACUAUACUCAAACGUGCUGUACAGACACAACCCAAGGGAAUAAGCAAGCUUAUGUUUGGGAAAUUGGCACUGGACAAUCCAAGUAAGCUUAAUCAAGUCGGAUCAUCUCCAAUAACAGGUGUUGGUGGUGUCAAAGUUGGUCUUCCGAUGAUCCGUGGUACACCAGAUAUGGCGCAAAACUCAAAUGAGAUUACAAAGAUGACAGCUGCAGUGGAAUCAAAGGGAAUAAACUUCCUGUCAUUUGGCAAAGCUCCUUUAAAGGAUUGUGGUAUUCCAAAAUCAACUUCCUUUGGUGAUUCUAACAAGGAUAAGCAAGCUGCCUCAUCUCCAAAGAAGGAUGUUGGGCUCAAAAUUGGCAAUCAGACGGGCCAAAUCACAAGAGACGUGGUACCCAUCUGGAGUGAGAUUCCAAAGAGAACACCUACUAUGCCACCCCAAGGAAUAAACUUUCUUUCGUUUGGCAAAGUUCCAUUAGAUCAUCCUAAGGAUAAUGAUGUUGUGUCAUCUGUUCAAGAGAGAGAAACUGCACCUAAACGUCAGAUCCCCAGUUCAAAAUCAUGGAAGCAACUAUCUUCUUCACUUCCUUUAGGUCAAUCUGUGGAUCAAUUGACAGAUGAGCAUGGUAAAGACACACCAAGUUCAGCGCUGAAGGCACUCUGGUCAAAUAUGCCAAAUGCAGCUCAGAAGGAACGUCUUUCAAACAUGAGGAACUCAGCACAGAAGGCACUCAUGUCAACGUUAGCUUUUGCAGCUGAGUAUGAGUCUAGAAUUAAGAUGGAUUGUCCUCCUGAUGUCAGCUCCAACUUCAAUAAGGAAAGCAGUAGUUCACAAAAUACUUCAAGGGGGUCUACAAUUUUGGAUUUCUUGUAUGGCAAUGGUAGUAAAACCAAGCAAUAAAGAGAGGUUAAUGUAGUAUUAUACUGCUAAUGAUAGUGAUCCCUACGGUCACUAGUCUUCACCUUCUAUUUUUUUAUAGCAGCAACAAGCUGAUAUAAUAGGCCAAAGGAUUCCUCCUGUAAUUUAUUUUGGGAUGUGAGUGGAUUACAAAGCUGUGUUUUUCCAAAUCAAGGAUUUUUGAAAGGUUCAAAGUUUAUUCUUCUUGUGGCAAGUAUGAUGAGUAGGAUGUUUCAACAAAAAAAAAGUAUGAUGCCUUUGUCUAAAGCACAGAUCAGAAUCAUAUAAUGGAUGCAGCUGGUUGAGGUAUUGGCAUGGUGUGGAGCUUAUUUUUUCUCCCCUUAAUUUGCUUUUAUGCAUAUCCAUUGUAUGAUGUCAACGAGACUCGGUCAAAUUCCUUCCUCUUGAUUAAAAACAGAAGAAAAACAAUUAGAUUUAAACAUUUUGAUUUGUUUUCUCAAAAAUCCAUUAGCUAAACCAACUGCGAUUUAACAUGGUUGGCUAGAACCCUUGAAUUUUAUUAAGAGAUCAAAAGUUCGAUUUUGCCACCUUUUUCCUGGCUACAGCCAACGAUUUUGACAAAAAUUGAGACACUGUAAAGCUAAUAUCUGUGCAACAGUUUUUCAAAAUGUCUUCGAAAUUAAUACUACAUUGUUCAUAGUCAUAAUAGCCUUGAAUUUGAUGGAUGGUAAUAAGAAAAGUC